UAGUUCUCGUAUUUUGGGAAAGUUUCUCCGGACUUCUUAAGCAGUGUCAUUAGUCAGCGAUGAACAGGGUGGAUGAUGAGACGUCUCGGCCGAAGAGGUACGAGAUCUGCCGAAUUUUCGACAACGCGGAUGUCAGCAAAGUGCUGAAUAAAUUGCGGCUGGCUGAGUGCAUGAAGGCAGAAGCUUCUUACAUCGAGGACCAGCCCCUUGUGCAAGCUGCUGCAUCGCCAGAGGUAGACUUGCAGAUUCCAGUCGUACCUGACACGACGCCCUGUUCGCUCUGCAAGGUGACGUUUGAGACGCAAUUUGAGCACCGAGAGCACUAUAAAAAUGCCUGGCACCUGUACAACCUUAAACUCGGGCUCAAGAACCUGAAAGGUGUGACGGAGGAGGAGUUUAAUGAGCUCACCGCCAAGCGCAAUGAGCGUAAUAAGCUCAAUGAUGACAGAAAUAAUGACGAUCCAGCCGAUGAUGUGUCGAGCAUUUCCGGCUCGGAAACUUCCUUGUCGUCCUCUGAAAAGGAUUCUGCGGAUGCCGAGCUGACCAGGACAGUGAGACACGCCAAAGUCUUCUUUGUCAAUUCGGAAAACAAAAUUCUGUCAUUAUAUCGCUGCAUUCUCCAUGGAAAAGAGGAUGUACCGAGCUCAAACGAGGCGCUUUACGAGCUGGCGCAGACGUGUCAGACCAGAUCAAAGUGGGCCGUGAUUCUGCUGGGCGGAGGACACUUCGCAGCCGCCAUCUUUGAUGGCAACAAGACCGUGCUGCACAAAACCUUCCACAGCUACACGGUGCGCGCGAAACAGGGCGGCUCGCAGUCGGCCCGCGAUGGAAAGAGCGGCACAAACCAUCCUAAGUCUGCAGGUGCCAGCCUCCGCAGGUACAACGAGCAAGCUCUCAGACAGCACAUCAUUGACAUCAUGGGAGCGUGGAAGGAGGAGCUAUCCUCGUGCGACUCGAUCUUCCUGCGCGCCGUCAGCCACAACCGCAACUUCGUGUUCACCGGGAAGAAUUCAAUUCUGCAAAAGAACGAUCCAAGGAUCAAAUCGAUUCCGUUCCCAACGAGAAGAGCCACCUUUAAAGAAGUCACUCGCGUCCACGAAAUCCUAAGUUCGAUCGAGAUUUACGGCGAUGCUGAAGACUUCCUGGACAACUUUCCCGACGCGCCGAAAGCCUCGAGCAAAAAGCCAGAAAAGCCGUUGCCGAGCGAAACCCCCGAAGAACCAAAACCAAAGCGGGGAAUCGAGCGGGACAGAUCGCGUGACCCUCCAGAAAGGCCGCUGCCCGAGCUGGUGGAGCAGAUGGCCGUGUCCUCCUCAUCUGAAGAGGAUGAUGGCGAUGAGGAUGAAAUGAUCGAGACGCAACAGGUGUUCGACUGCACCGAGGAUUUGCAGGAGUUCGGCGACGACGUGCCUGACAAAGAGCGGCAGAGGCCGAAGAGAAGGCCAAAGAAGAAGAAGAAGAAAGUAGUGGAGAAGGAAAAAGAUGAAAGCGCUGUUGCCGAAGCGUUCAGCGAGAGCGGCAUAGUUUGGAAGACGCUUUUGUUUACUUCGAGGCACGACACGACGGUGAUGCAGGACAUUUUGAGAAGCAAGUCUGACGUGGACGAGGAGGAGUUUCUGCUCAUUCUGCACGGCCCGAUCGACACUAGGGGAAAUAAUCUGCUGCAUGAGGCAGCCAACCAGGGUCUCUUGGACAGAGUCAGGUUGCUGCUUGAGUGUGGCUUGGAUCCAAGUGUGCCUAAUAAGGAAGGAAAAGUUCCUUAUCGAGUGGCGAAAGACAACGACACCAGGAAAAUCUUCCGUCGGUUCCAGGCUGACUUUCCCGACAAAUACAAUUAUGCGAAGGCUCACGUGCCAGGACCUCUGACUGAUGAGAUCGAAUUGAGAGAAAACGAAAUGCAGGCUGAAAUCAAAAAGGCGAAGAGAAACGCCAAGAAGGAAAAGCUGGCUGAAAAGAAAAAGGCUGAGGAGGAAAAGCGGAAGGAGGAAGAAGGGCUGAGGAAGGAACUCGAGGCGCAGGAACGAUUUGCAAAGCUCAGCGACAGGGAGAAGUGCGCUCUGGCGGCAGAAAAGCGGUUGUUGGCUUCAGGCGUCCAAGUGACUUUGCGGUGCUUCAGGUGCGGCAGCGACAUUUCCGGAAAAGUGCCCUUCAGCUACCAGACGUACCAGUUUUGCUCAAUGGACUGCUUGAAAAAGCACCGCCUCCAGUCAAAAUCCUGAUUUCAAACUAAUAAAUUUUUGUUUUUAACGUUGACAAAAAAACCAUUUGCUCUUUUAAUGAUUGCAUUCAAGUGAGGUGAAGCGCUGCGGCGCGAAUAAUCAGUUCUGUGUAUUCGCUCAGUGAAGCGUUUCAUUGGUGACUUGCCGGCAGGUGCGAAUAGUUUCUCAAGCGUCUCUUGUUCUCCUCUGACGUCUUCGAUUACUGAGAGAAAGAAAUAAUAAAGAUUGCUGCUAAGUGCUUGCGUA